AUGGGACGUCAUGGUGAUACAGGGAAGUGCGCAUCUUGGGAUCUCGAGCAGAUCAAGACGCAAUACCUCCUCGCAGAAGUGACCGCAAAUGGUGCGCAACCAUUGAAUACUGCAGAUGAUACUUCAUAUGUGAGCGAAGCUCAAAUCCCAGCACAUCUGCUGGACAGAUUGAACACUGCCACAAGAACAUUCGCAGAAAUUACGUUGCGCGUCUCGGACGUUGCUCGCUUCAUGAACUUUUAUAUGAAGAAAUAUUUCCGAAGUCAUACUUGGAGAAUUCCAAACGUGCCAGAAGAGCAAGACGAGCAAGAGCAAGAGAAACUGACGCAGUGGAGUACAGAGCUUGGACUAGGAUUACCAUCAUUAUCGGCGUACAAGCGAGUCUUUACAGAACUCAGACCGUCUAUAGAAGUCGUUCACGAGAAACAUCAAAACAGGACAAUUCAACAGAUACGAACGGCCUAUGAGCGCGAAGGAUGUCCCACUCCCUGGGACAUCGCCGUAGACGGCGCGUUUGACUCGCGCGGCCAUAGUGCCGAACUUUGCAAGGUUCUCGCCGUCGACCUUAGGACCAAGCUCUGUAUCCACACAGAAGUCGUGAGCCGCAGGGAGACAGGGAAUGUCAGUGGAGCCAUGGAAAAGGAGGGCUUCCGCAGGCUGCUGCGGUGGUUAAGAUCGAGGGACAUCGCUGUCGGCUCGAUCUCAACCGACCGCAGCGCCAUGUACGGGAAAGAGAUCGAAUCGUACAAUGCGGAGUCCGGCCAAAACAUCAAAUGGCAUCUGGACCCAUGGCACAUGGCCAGAUAUGUCCAUAAGAAUCUUCAGGCGGUAUCUUAA